GAAAGGUACAGAGUUCAAACGUGACCAAUCACGUUGGUGAGGUUCUGUUUGUCGGGAAGAGUUUUCCGCUCACAUCUUCAGUCCAUCUUUCGCCCAACAGUACGUCUUUUUAAAUCUGUUAGUUUGCUCAGAGCUUAUAAACAACCUAUACUUUGUCGUAAUAUGGACUUCUACACUAACGUACCUCCUCCUGUGCAUUAUCUUGAUGUUACUGAAGCGUUCAAAUCACUUAGCAAUGUGGAAAAGGAUUAUGUUUUUAGCUGCACACAAGCGUCUUGGAUUGGUGGUCUCAUUGGAUUAAUCCAAACGUCUCCAGAAUCUGCUGGGAUAUUUUUGUUUAUCAGUCGUUUCUUCAAGUUGGAGAACAUAAAUACCUUUGUUGAAAAAGCGGCGAAAAAUAAUUUUUCCGAUGAAGAGAUAAAUCACAUUUUAUCUUACUUUGCCGCAGUGCUGGGUAAUUUUGGGAAUUACUUAUCUUUCGGGGACACAAAGUUUAUUCCAGCUAUCAGUGUUGACAGGGUGACAGAAUUUUUAUCACUAAGUAGUGAGUUUUCUAACCCAGAAACUGGUCUUAAAGCUCUAUGGGAAGAAAUAGCACCAACUAUUUAUUCGUUAAAUUCUCGCCGUUUACGCCUUGGCUUUGGUCCCACCGAAAUAACAUCUUACUACUCUGAAGACUGUGUUCGGAGUGAUGCCGAAAUAGUUCAAAAAUAUCUGGAAAACAUAAAAACUGAAGCAUAUAACACUCGACUUUUCAAGAGUAGUAACUCCAACUCUAUGGUUUACUCAAUUCGGUUUGCAUCGGCCGAGAAAAAAACUCAACCUGCACAUUUUGAUGGCCUUCCACCGGGAACUUCUUUGCAGUUGGAAUACGGUGACUACUGUGAACUGAUGAAGUUACUGGUCGACUGCUCUUUAGAUGCCAAAGAACACUCUCUUAACAAAAUUGAAUCAGAAAUGUGGCACCAUUAUGCUCAAAGCUUUCUUACUGGCUCAGUAGACUCGCACAAAGAUGCAUCUAGACUGUGGGUCAAGGACAAAGGCCCUGUAGUUGAAAGCUAUAUUGGCUUUAUCGAAACUUAUCGUGACCCUUUAGGUGUACGUGCAGAAUUCGAGUCAUUCGUCGCAGUUGUGAAUAGAUCAAUGUCAUCCAAAUUUCAACGACUAGUAGAUAAUGCUGUUGAAUUGCUGUCUAAUUUGCCAUGGCCUUCUACCUACGAAAAAGACCACUUCUUGCAACCAGACUUUACAAGUCUAGACGUAGUAACAUUUGCAACUUCUGGAAUCCCUGUUGGAAUUAACAUUCCAAACUAUGAUGAUGUGCGACAAGUUGAUGGAUUCAAAAAUGUAUCCUUGGGCAAUGUUCUCAGUGCUCGUUUCAAGGAUCCUAAAUCAGAAUUUGUACGAGCGGAAGAUAAAAAGUUGUACGUGGAUUAUGCAGAGAGUUCUUUUGAGCUACAAGUUGGACUUCAUGAAUUAUUAGGUCAUGGUUCUGGGAAGCUGUUUCAACGUAAUAACGAUGGAAAACUAAAUUUCGACACUAAUUCUACGAAAGAUAUUAUUAGUGGAGGUCCUAUACAAAGUUGGUACGAGCCAGGUGAAACGUACGACAGCAAAUUUUCAAGUUUAUCUUCAGCAAUUGAAGAAUGUCGAGCUGAAUGCGUUGGAAUUUAUUUGUGCAAUUUACCACUUGUUUUGAAACAGUUCGAUGUUAAUACUGACUGCUCCGCAGAUUGUAUUCCAGAUGUUGCUUAUGUUAACUGGUUGUCUAUGGUUCGUUCGGGUUUAACUUCUAUGGAAUUCUAUUCGCCUGCAGAAAAUGCUGGUUGUACUGGUUCAUGGCGUCAAGCGCAUUGUUGUGCACGUUAUGUGAUUUUACGAGUUUUAAUUGAAGCUGAUAAUUCAUUGGUACGUAUAGACGAAAUAGUCGGUGAAGAUGGUGCACCCGAUUUAACUAUUUUCUUAGAUCGUGAAAAGAUUUUGUCAGUUGGUCGUCCAGCAAUCGGUGAAUUUUUACGAAAAAUUCAAUAUUAUAAGAGUACAGCGAACGCUAAAGACGGUUCCGCUUUCUUCCAACAUUAUUGUCAAUUACUACCAGAACAUCUUAAAAUACGCCAAAUUGUGAUCGAUCGCAAAAAACCCCGGCCUAUUUUCGUUCAACCUGGACUCCGUAAAACCUCGAAUGGUGUUGAGUUAAUAUCAUAUCCUACAACUUAUCCCGGUGUUAUACAAUCAUUUGUGGACCGUUACGAUGAUUUACCUCUUGGGCGGAAAGCUCUUGACGCACUAGAAGCAAUUUGGCACCGUGAACUGCCGUAUUACAAAAACAUUCCUCUUUAGUUGUUUUGCUACAAAACUUAUUAUUUUGAAUUAAUUUUAGUCAAUAUAUUGUAUACUUAUUGUCUCCAGGUGGAGAGAUGGAUAUUGUGUCCUUAAAUUUUCAAUCAGUUACUAACCCGAUGGCCAUAAAUGUAUGAGUAAUACUUCA